AUGCAGCAUACUGACGUACAGCUCUACUGUGCCCACCAUGGAAUCACUUGGAAAUUCAUACCACCACGUGCGGCUUGGUGGGGAGGCUGGUGGGAACACAUGAUAGGCUCAGUCAAGCGCUGCCUGAGGAAAGUUCUUGGUCGCUCCCAGGUGGAUGAAGAGAGCUUAAACACCACCUUGAUCAGCAUAGAAGCCGCAAUAAACUCACGACCCAUCACUCAAGGAGAGAGCGACACUGCAUUGACGCCAGCCCACCUUCUAAAUGGUGGGAAAUUAGUAACAAUUCCAUGUGGGCCAGAGCCAGCAACUAGAAAGGACCUUGCCAAGGAGUUCCGACUCAGAAAAAAGGUCCUUUCUUGGUGGGAACACAUGAUAGGCUCAGUCAAGCGCUGCCUGAGGAAAGUUCUUGGUCGCUCCCAGGUGGAUGAAGAGAGCUUAAACACCACCUUGAUCAGCAUAGAAGCCGCAAUAAACUCACGACCCAUCACUCAAGGAGAGAGCGACACUGCAUUGACGCCAGCCCACCUUCUAAAUGGUGGGAAAUUAGUAACAAUUCCAUGUGGGCCAGAGCCAGCAACUAGAAAGGACCUUGCCAAGGAGUUCCGACUCAGACAAAAGGUCAAUGACGACAUCUGGCGCAGGUGGAAGACAGAAUACCUCCUGCUGCUAAGACAAUAUCAUGAGGUGAAGGGAUACCCUUCGCAGAGGAAACCGAGAAUUGGAGAGGUUGUUCUGCUCCAAGAAGACAGCAAACCACGGCACUUGUGGAAGAGGGCUGUGGUAGAAGAAGUGUGGCAUGGCAGAGACUGUAAAAUACGGUGCAUCAUCCUCCGCCAGCCAGAUGGUAUGAAGAUCUGUCGACCGGUCCAGCUGGUCAUCCCCCUCGAGAUGGACCAGGGUGGGGAGGAUGUCGGGGAAUGA